AAAGUUUCUCAAAGUUUGGUGUGAGCUACAUUUUUUAGUAAACAUCAACAAAACUAGAAUACUGCUGUCCUACUGAAGACGAUCAGCCAUUUUAAAGUACUUUGUUAAAUUAGCUUAAAAUAUGUCACUUUGUAAAGAGAAGCGAGAAGUUGCACAGAGUAAAAGUAAUGGGGACAGCGUGAAGAAGUCCAGAGCGGUCUGCGGGGUUUGUAAUCGGAUGUACCGAGAGCCUAAAAUCCUGCCCUGCCUGCACACGUUCUGCGCAGACUGCGUUCGCCAGCUCGAGCCCUUCUCGGUGCGUCGCGUCAACGGGGACCGACGCUCGCCCGGUGAGGACAACUCUGGCUCUGGCUCUACAAUCCUGUGUCCCCAGUGCGAUUCAGAGGUGGAUCUGCCGCCGUCGGGUGUGGAUGGACUUACCACUGAUCACCUUGCCCUGGACGAGGUUUUCACGGAGACCCUGCUGGUGAACAACAGUGUAUUGUGCGACUUGUGCACCGACAGCGACGCGGGGAAGCGCUGUGAGGUGUGCUGUGUCAAUCUCUGCGACUUCUGCAGUCAGGCCCACAGGAGACAGAAGAGGACCUCAUCUCACUCCAUCCAGACCCUAAAGGAGCUAAAAUCUCAGGGUCGUCUGACCAGGCCCGUCCUGUGCUCUCUACACCCUGGCCAGGAGUUACGUCUCUUCUGUGAGCCUUGCGACCUCACUGUGUGCCUGGAGUGUGCAGCCACUUUCCACCGUGAGCACCACUGCAGCUCUGCUCAUGAAGUCAUCAGCCAAUAUGGAGAUCGCAUCAGGGAGUUGCUUGUCAGGAGCUUAAAGCCUCGCCUGGCUCGUCUGGAGGAGUCUGUGAGACGGGUGGAUACGUCCCAAGUGGCGCUGCAGGCCCGGACUGAUACGUUGGCGGGUGAGAUUCGAGCGUUUGCUCGGGCCUACGCCACCGCGGUGGAGGCUCAUUGCUGCUCGCUGCUGCGCUCGCUGGAGGACUUGAGGACGCAGCGCAGGAAUCAGCUUCAUCUGCAGAAGGCUCAGCUGCAACAGGCCUUGUCUGAUGUGCGCGGUGGGGUGGAGUUCACAGAGCGACUGCUCACGUGUGGCUCAGAUGCUGAAAUCCUCAGUGCCAAAGGCGUCACUAUGAGGAGACUGGUGAACCUCGUGGAGUCAGGAUUUGACCCACAGCCAUCGACGGUGGCCAGUGAUAAUGCCAGCAGCAUCUGUUUUCUUCCUGAGGAGAGUGCUGGAGAGGUGGAGGGGUUUCCUGUGGUAGGAGCCAUACAUGCUAAGACUGUGGACCCCAGCAAGUGCUCUGUUCAGGGAGAAGGUGUGGAGCGAGGUUGUGAAGGUCAGCGGGGCGAGUUCACUGUGGUUUGCAGGGACUCUUCAGGAGAGCAGAUGGGCCGAGGUGGAGACCCUGUGCUGAUCAGCAUAGUCCACAAGGAGAGGAAGGGCUGCAGUAUAGAGGCGUCUGUGGUGGACAACAGUGACGGCUCCUACUGUGUGUCCUACAGCCCUGCUGAGGCUGGACUUUACUCACUGUGGGUCUGUGUUAAAGCACAGCACGUCCAGGGAUCACCAUUUGUGCUGAAUGUAAAGAGGAAGUUAAGACGUCACCGUGGUAUCUUCCACUGCUGUUCCUUCUGCUCCAGUGGGGGCAGUAAAGAGGCUCGCUGCGGCUGUACAGGGACCAUGCCAGGGGGGUUUCAGGGUUGUGGACACGGUCAUAAAGGACACCCUGGUAAGCCGCACUGGUCGUGUUGUGGGAGUGUAAUGGAGGCCUCAGAGUGUGUUCUCCAUAACUUGGGCUCUGUGUCUCCACGGGGACACCUCCGCACUGUAGAGCUCUGACACAAUAAACAAAUAUACUCUCCGUCAUAUGAAACUUUAACUAUGAACUCAUCCUGCAGAUCCUUGAGUCUCACAAAUAGCCAACAAAUAAUUCAAGUAUCAUGGCAGUUAUGAGAAAUUGAUAUCGUGGCAUUCAUAUUAUCUUUAUUUAUAGUGUUAUCCCAGACAAUCAUACACAGGAUUUUGAAUGAUUAAUGCUUUUUUUAGGCUGUCUGUAAUUUAAGAGUAAGCAUUUCAGUUGUGUCAGUAUUUACUGUUUCCCUAAAGAGAUACAGUGCAUCCGGAAAGUAUUCAUAGCUCUUCACUUUUUCCACAUUUUUCUGUUACAGCCUUAUUUUAAAAUGGAUUAAAUUAAUUCAUUUGCUCAAAAUUCUACACACGAUACCUCAUAAUGACAAUGUGAAAAAAGUACACAUUGAAAGUACACACUAUUUUAAAGAAUAGUGUUGAAGAUUUAGCGACCCUUUAAUGUUCUCAUAUUUAUGAAAAACAGUUGAAGUUCUAAAGCAGCUGAGUCCUUGAAAAGGACGUGAUAGUGUCAUUAGAAACUGAAUUGGAAAUGUCCUUAUUUUAAUAAAGUCAGACGUGAACUGAGGUGGGCCGGUCUAAGGCUUGAAACUCCAGGGCUGAAAAGGAGUCCCACUCCGGCCCUGCUGUACACCGUCACUUCCCAUCCAACCUGAUAGAGCUUGGGAAGUACUGCAAAGAGGAACAGGUGUGCCAAGCUUGUGGCAUCAUAUUCAAAAAACCUGAGGCUGUAACUACUGCCAAAGGUGCAUCAACAAAGUAUUGAGCAAAGGCUGUGAAUACUUAUGUUCUUGUGAUUUUUCAGGUUUAAAAAAGUUUAAAAAGUGAAGCGCUUUCAAUACUUUCCGGAUGCGAUGUAGUCCACCCAAAAAUGAAAAUUCUCUCAUUUACUUGCCCUUCACUUUUUCCAAAUCUGUAGAACAAAAGAAGAUAUUUUGUGGAAUGCUGAGCCUUUGACUUUUAUAUUUGUUUGUUUUUUAUACUAUGGAUGUCAAUGGCUACAGGUUUCUAACCUUCUUCAAAAUAUCUUAUUUUAUGUUCAACAUAAAAAUGAAGCUCAUAAAGGUUUGAAAGUACUUGAAGAUGAGUAAGUGCAUUUUCAGUUUUUAGUGUAUUAUCUUAAAAUCAUGCCAGUCUGAUUAACAGUUGACAAAGUAUAUAAAAUUGCAAUGUUUACCAUACGUAUUGCCUUUUCAAACUACUUUUGAAUCAGUACUGUAAACCUUUUAAACAGCUUUUUCUUUUCACAUUCAGAAGUUCAGUAUUUUUAAUGUUCGGUACUUCAUCAUAAUUUUUUUAUAUUGUUUUAGUAUAUGUGUCAUUGAUAUGUUCUAUAUUUUAUCAUAUUCAGAUCGUUUUUUUUUAAAAUAAGCUUUGACAAUAAUUAAUUUCAUGUAUAAUGUGGUACUUCAUAUAAUGGAUUUUGUUGAUAUAUUCCAAAGACUACUUAUGCUAUUGUACAGAAUAAGUCCGUUAAAUUUCAUAUGUCUUUGUAUUUGCUGUACUUUUACCUCAGAUUAAACAAGUCUUACCUCUUUAAUAUUUGAAUCUACUCAGUCAUUGUUUGGUACUCCUCAGAGAACUGCCAUUUUACACGUAUUUCUCUUGUGUUGUGACGCUAGAUGGCAGCAGUGUUUUGCAAGAAGAAAAUAGUUUCUACACGUUUCGUGUGUAACAUGGAUCGUCUACGUGUUUCUCUUUUCAUGGAGACCUGGAUAGAUGUUUUAGAAUAAAGAAACUUUGAGGAAUAUCUUUCCGAAUUUUAUAUUUAACUCUUUGGGUGGCAUAAAUUUUCUUUUAAAAUGUAACUUCUCUAUUGACAAAAUCCCAAUUAAAUUGGCAAGUUUUCAUAGGCAGGCAUUGCUGGCUUGGCAGUUGGUCUAUAAACAUAAUUUUGCACUUCAUCGGUAUUUUCUUUGGAAUAAUAAAGAUAUCUUGUACAAAAGGAAGUCUAUAUUUAUUCAAUCGUGGUAUGACAAUGGAAUAUUUACAGUCAGUCAAUUACUUGAUGAACAUGGAUUGCUUUUGUCAUACUCAGAAUUCCUUAAAAAAUGUAAAGUCCCUGUAAAACCAAAAACCCAUGCUGUUAUUUUUGAUGCAAUACCAAGUAAAGUUGUAUCACUGUUGCGUAAUUCCAUGCACAAUGUGGACCAACAGCCAAAGACAAGUGAUGAUGUUUUAUUUAUUGGUGAUAUUAACAUUGUUAAAGAUAAAUGUAGUAAUAGAUAUAUUAGAAAUGUAUUAAAAAAGAAUCAUUUACCAUCUUUAACAGUCUUCUGGUCAUCAAAAUUUGGAAACAUUGAGUGGAAGAAAGUAUGGUUACUAGCAAAUAAGUUUUUUAUAAGUAAUAAAGUUAGACAGGUAUCUUUUAAAAUCUUACACAGAAUUUAUCCUGUAAAAGAGUUAUUUGAACGGUUUGGAGUGGAUAGAGAAAACUUGUGAUUUUUGUGGUAUGGUUAAAGAAUCUGUUACUCAUCUGUUUUUUCAAUGUGUAUAGUCAAGACUAUUUUGGAUUGAUGCUUCUAACUUUAUUUCGAGGACAUUUGGUACACAAAUACAAAUUGGGGAUGUCAUAUUUGCUUUAGUACAAGAUGGAAUUGAUUCAAAAAGUACUACAUAUUUUCUUAUACAACUGAUAACAUUACUUGGAAAAUACCAUAUUCAUGUCAAGAAAUGGGCCAAAGCUAAGCCAAAUUUUGAACAUUUUAUAAAGGAGAUUAAACAA